AUGCCGAAGGAAAAAAUCAUAAUAGGAAUCCCGACAUACGGCCAAGGAUGGACACUGAAAGACCCCUCAAAAACAGCAAUUGGAUCAGAAGGAAGUGGAAAAAGUGCACCGUCGACGACGAAUCCGGACGGUGGAACAGCUUCGUACUGGGAGGCAAGCGCUUUCACGCUAUUACCAUUGAUGCUCAAAGCCGUUGUUGUUGAUUUUAAUGAAUGCGUAGUUAUAGAUCUGUGA